AUGAGUCGCUGCGCGUCUCCAGUCACCCUCGUCGAGCCGGCGCACCCCAAGGUCUUCGCCGCUGUCUCGCGCCCGCCCUCACCGCCUCCGCCUAAUUCGCCAGCGCGCUCGGCUUCUCCAUCCGCCUUCUCGAUACCCUUCAACCGCCCGUCUCGCCGCCUUCUCGUCACCUCUCGCCAGCGAGCUGUCUUCGACCUGCACUCGUCGUCGCCCAUCUCGCCCACCGCCGUCGAAAAGACGAUCCUGAAAACUCAGCUGGACCGAGCGAAGUCGACCAAGGUGCUCAUCCGCCCCGGUGCACCGGCGCGCGCGUUGACGGAUGAGGAGCUGAGGACGCUGAAGAAGGAAGAGGAGGAUUCGGCGACGACGAGUGGGGGCGGAGGUGGCCCGCUGAGUCCGCCGGAGGAGGAGGAGGGCGUGUGGGUGGAUGAGCCGGCUUCGCUGUCAAAAGCGCAGACGAUCGCUGCAUCUCGCCAACUGAAGCCAGCGGAUUCGACGGGUCCGACGGUCGUCGCGGGGUCGCCCUUGCGCCAGGUCGUCGGGUUCGCAGAGCCUAGCACCUCGCCGGAGCAGUCGGCGGCUUCGCAUCCAGCGUCGGCGACACAGACGGACGAGGACACGAUGAAGCAUCCGCCUGCUCGCCCUCCGUUCCACCGCUCACGUACUGCACCGUCGACACCGUCCAUCUCGCCGACGUCCUACCUCUCUACCCUUCUGUCGCGCCAGCCGGCUUCCGCUACCCCGCCUGAGCUCGACCGCUCGCCGGUGAUGGGAUCGACUACGCUGCUGGCAGCGCCGUCCAGCUCACUCGAGGUGCGCCCGGCCGCAAAGUCGAGCUCGACCUGGACCGGCGAUGUCCUCGCAACCGCGCUCAAGGUCGUCAAAGCCCCGUCGAUGCCGAUGCUGUCGGCUUCGAAGGCUGAUCGCAAACGCCCUAGCGGCGUUGCGACAGCCAAGCCGCCUUCGCCGGCCUCCUCCUCACCUUCGUCUCCGAGAAGUCGAGCACUCGGCAAGACCCGCUCGCUUCCUUCGCCUGCUCUUCCGUCGACAUCGCCCGGCAAGUUUCCCCAGCAUAUGCCUCGCACCAUCCGCUCGUCGUCGUCAGUUUCGCCACUUCCCUUCGCACUCCCCACACCCUCUCUUUCCCUGCCUUCGCAUCUCCCUUCGUCUUCGUCACGCUCGCACACUCGCGCUCCUCCUUCACCGUCCAUCGCACCCGUCAUGAGCUCGACAGAUCCGUCGGCGCUGACGCUUCACUUUGCGAGGCAGCCGGACAUGGGAAGGAAGGGAAGUCUGGGCGACGGCUGGACGAGGGUUCGCAUGCCGGGCGAUCCUCGUUCGCAGGACGACGAUGGUGCGCGAAGACGACCUGUCGACACGAGCGAGACUGAGACGGAGACGGAAACGGAGGACGACGAUGACGGAGACCCGCAUUUUGGCUCGAAGUCGAGGUUCAAUCUGCGGAACUCUUUCGAGGGUUCUGUCUUCGCCUCGGCCGGCGCCAACUCGGCAGCCUCGCUCACCUCGUCCGCCUCUUCAUCGCUUCUCCUCUCUCGCCCUCCCUCCGUCACUCACUCUCGCAAAGCCUCCGCUUCGCCCAACACCUCGCCGAAACUCGGCGGAUCAGCCGCCCUCACCGCCGCCUUCUCCGAUCCUACCGUCAUUCCUCCCGCCCCUUUCCCCUCUGUCAUCGACAGCUUCGUGUCGAAAGACCGCACGGCCGCGUUACUCGCACAGACGCUGCCUCCGCCUCGGCCGCAGUCCCAGCAUGCGCUCGACUUGCACGCCGCGCUCAAAGCGAAGGAGAAGAAGCCGAGUGUCGACCUCAAGCAGCUGAGGCGCGAGCAGGCGUCGAGGCGUCAAGCAGCUCAGGAAGAGACUACGACGACCUCGGCGUCGUCUUCGGAGGACGAGGAAGCGCGCAAGAAGGCGCUCGAAGUCGUCCUGGCGGCGAGAGCUCGUCGCGGGAAGGGGAGGUCGAGUCCUCCUGAGAAGGCGAGCGCCUCGACGGUUGGGGUCGAGGGGAGGAGCGGGCGUGCGCCGGAGUCGAGGAGGAAGCUGCCUGUGGCUUCGGCGCGGCCGGCCAAGUAA